AUGACAGCCGACAAGGAGAAGAGAAGGGCGAUCAGCCGCGAGGCAGCCAGAAGGAGACGACGGGUGGAGUCCGACGUGUUUGGAGAUUUAUGUCGUCUCCUGCCGCUCCAACCCUCUGUCCAAGCUCACCUAGACAAGCCCUCAGUCAUUCGCCUCACCCUCAGCUACAUGCGCACGCACACACUGCUCAAAGGGAAGACUGGGACAAAAAGAGAGGCCAGCCACGCAGUAAAACACGGACAAGUGACGGGAGGUGGAGAGGAGCGGCCAGAGUGUGACGGAGGAUGUGACGAGGAGGAGAAAGAAACGGAGGAUGUCGAGGCCUCGGAGGAGACCAACAUGUACCUGAGGAUCCUGGAGGGAUUCUUGAUGGUUCUGUCCACUGAGGGAGACAUGAUCUUCCUGUCUGACAACGUCAGCAAGUACAUGGGUUUGACACAGACUGAGCUGAUGGGACACAAUAUUUUUGAGUUCACUCACCCUUGUGACCAUGAAGAAAUCAGAAAUAAUCUACGUCUAACACCAGAGGAAGUUUGGUGUGGCGCAAAGAGGGACUUUGUCAUGAGGAUAAAAGGUGCUCUGACACACAGAGGAAGAAGCGCCAACCUCAAGUCUGCAACGUGGAAGGUUCUCCACUGUCAGGGCCGAGCGAAGAUGUGUGUCACCCCGUCUUCAGCUUCCUGCCUGCUGCUCACCUGCCAGCCUCUGCCCCUCUCACACACACUCCUCAGCACACACACCUUCACCAGCCAGCACAGCAUGGACAUGAGGUUCACGUACUGUGACCAGAGAGUGACUCUGCUGUUAGGUUACAGUCCGGAGGAGCUGCUGGGCCGCUCAAUCUACGAUCUCUGUCACACGCUGGACACAAACUGCUUGACCAAAAAUCAUCUGAACUUAUGUUUUAAGAGUCAGUCAGUCAGCGGUCAGUACAGGAUGCUGGUGAGAGGUGGAGGUUACGUCUGGGUGGAGAGCCAUAGCGCUGUCAUCCCCAGCGUCCGACCCUCCAAGUCCAGGCCCGGCGCCCACCAGCCGCUCUGCAUCCUCUGUGUUACCUACGUCCUCAGUGGAGUGGAGCAGCCGUCCCUGCAGCUCUCUCUAGACCAGACUGUCCACAGAUACUCGAGGUGAAACUGGAGUCCGAAGAACAAAAAAAACAACAAUCUUCUCUACCUCCGCUGUGAAUU